CACGCUCAAUCCCUCUUUACUGCGAAUAGAAGGUGCCGCUCGAUCAUUCAUCCAUUUCCCCCUAGUCGAGCCUUGGGAAGAGGCCGGCGCAGAGAAGAAAAGAGACGCGUGGAGAUAGCCACUAUAUCAGUUCUGUGCAAGGGCGAAGGCAGUGCGCAUAAAGUCUAUCGGAGCACUGGCCAUCAAUAACUCCCCCUCAGACAUGAUGAUCGCGACCAUAAAAACCAUCCACAUCACCCGCAUCAUUCACACCCCUUGUCAUGUUCCUUGGCACAUGCUGCACUGCUUUUGCUCUUCAAGAAGACAUCUCUGGUUUUCUCUACUUUUUUUUUCUCCUCAACAUCAGACAUUUCGCUAUCAGCUUUGCCGCCAACUUCGUGCACUUUACCAAUCAUUCCACCAUGGAUAUCAACGACUUACGCCUCAUCCUCGUUCCUAUGUGCGUCAUUGAGGCUCUGCCCCUCGUCCUGGUUACCGUCAUAUACGAGGCUCAAAUUCUCCGCUACCUGUUUUUCAAUGGCCCAAGCCGACCAGUUCCUCCUCACAAGUCAGUCGACUCCUUUGCGCUCCUUCCAUGGAAGACACCGAAGGACGCGAGCACAAGGCUGGGGUCUCUCAUCGCAUGGGUCUGCGGUAUCGUCUGGUUUUUUUCAGAAUUUACAUUGGAUCUUGUUCUUAUCGCGCUCGAUUCGCCGAUUGAUGACAGAUCUGUGACGCCGCCCAGCUUUUUGCCGCAACAAAAAGCUAAGAAUCCGGAGAAGCAGAAGCGGAAUGGAGAGUAUGAGGGAUUUGAGAAGGAAACGCAGCAACCAUUGGAGGACCGGUCAAGCACUCCACUCGCCUUGCAGGCGGUUGUGGAUCCCAACCACUUGAACGACUUGAACAACUUGAACGACUUGAACGACUUGAAUAUUGCCGAGGUGACAGAACUGAGAGAGGAAUGUGAGGAAGAAGGAAAGAAAGCAGAUCACAACAGCAACGCAGCAAUGGUCGCAGACAACAACGUAAACGACAAGAGCGUCUGGUGUCUGAGGUCGGAAUUUGCGUUUGAGAGCAAGGAGAAAAUGGAUGGGACCGAGGUGCACAGCAAAAACGCGCCUGAUCAGAAUCUGCACAAUACCUCUGGGCGUGAGGGUUCUGCUUCGUGCACGGACGGUCAAAGUGACCGCAGCGUCGAUUCCAUCAGCAUCAUUGAUGAGAUUCAGUCCGAAUCAAUCUUGCUAGAGUCUUGGACGGUGUAUCCCAGUGAGCCCAUGGAGAAUGGCAAAGCUGUAUCGGGGUCGCGAUCGGAGAGUGUGGACCUCACUGACGAUUAUCAAGAUCAAGAUGGUCAAAACAGCGAGGUUGAUAUCGAGCAGGCCCAAGUCGAUGCUUCUGUCGUUCUCGACGACACGAUGCCAAAGAGAAGCCCCUUAUUCGCUGUCUUUGAUACACGCACGAGCGCCAUGGUUAGCAUGGACUUUGGCCCUCCAAAUGUAGACACCCAAACAGCAACUGCCUCCGCUCUGAUCUCUCUCAUUGCUGACUCUGCCGCAGAAGGCCCUGCCAAGGCAUCGGGACAGGAUAACACAUGCUCAAUCCAUACCGAACCUCAGAUCUCGCACGAUUCUGCGCCUAUGCUUGCUCCCGAGAACCUUGCCGAUAUUCAAGGACAGGAGAUCACAACGGCAUUCCAAUCUGACGUACAGCCAUCUCCCGCAGCCAUCUCCAAUUUCACUGUGCCAAUUCCCGCUGAGGUUGCAUCUACCACAUCCACCGAUGAAACGAUCAUAGAUGCUGUGGAAACAUUGGGUCAGACCAAACAUAAGACCAUUCAUGCCGCCGAUGUCGAGCAUCCCGUUGAGUCUCUCAUUGAAGGAUUUAUUCAUUCGAACACGUUCGAUAACACCACCAUCAAGACUUCCGUCCCGCCAUCACGACUGAAACGUCCAUUGCAGGUGCGUAGCCUCAUCCGUAGCUUCAUGUGCGCCAACCCAACUCCAGGCCCACAGGAUCUGACCACAUACUCGCCUAUCAGACGCCGAAGCCCACCCUUGUGUGAUGCUCAAAUGGUCCUGCAAGCAAGCAAGGCUAUCCAGACUAUCCAACCCAUCUUCGACUUGAGUGAACACCAGGACGACGACGCUGAGGCCGAUACCAAUAUCAGGAUAGCUACGACCUCCAUAAGCGGAUACAAUAGCGAGGCGUCGUCAACCGCGUCUGAGAGAAAGAAGGAGAACAAGAAGAACAAGAGCAAGAACAAGAAGAACAAGAAGAACAAGAAAAAGAAGAAGGCCGCCCCUGGCAUGGUUAGUUCCGAGCUGGAAUCUCCAACAGCCGAAGGGGAUCAGCUUUUCAGUGCAAUGGCCGUAAGAUCCCACUCUGACAAAUGAUAAUUCAAUCCCUCGACCAUGGAACUUGUUAAAGAACAAAUAAAGAAC